CCCUCUCGGCACCUCCGCGCUCAGCCCCCCGCCCGCCCGCAUCAGCCGCCGGCUCCCCCAGGGAUCGCUGUCAUUCGCUGUGAUUUCAUUUUAGGUUUUUCUAAAAAUUUUUGUUUUUUCACCUCGAAGGGGAGGAGCGCGGAACCCAGCUGGAAAAUGAACCAGAAUGUCUGAGAAAAUGUCCAGCUUUCUGUACAUCGGGGACAUCGUGUCCCUGUACGCGGAGGGCUCCGUCAAUGGGUUCAUCAGCACGCUGGGGUUAGUGGAUGACCGGUGUGUGGUCCAGCCAGAGGCAGGUGACCUUGCUAAUCCUCCAAAGAAGUUCCGAGACUGCCUGUUCAAGGUGUGUCCUAUGAACAGAUAUUCAGCCCAGAAGCAAUACUGGAAAGCCAAGCAAGCCAAACAAGGAAACCAUACUGAAGCAGCACUGCUGAAGAAACUUCAACAUGCAGCAGAACUGGAACAAAAGCAGAAUGAAAGCGAGAACAGAAAGCUGUUGGGUGAAAUUGUAAAAUACAGCAAUGUUAUCCAGCUACUGCACAUAAAAAGCAACAAAUACCUCACAGUCAACAAGAGAUUGCCAGCUCUGCUCGAGAAGAAUGCUAUGCGUGUGUCCCUGGAUGCUGCAGGGAAUGAGGGCUCCUGGUUUUAUAUCCAGCCCUUCUGGAAACUGAGGAGUGAAGGUGACAAUGUUGUGGUGGGAGACAAAGUUGUUCUCAUGCCAGUCAAUGCAGGACAGCCUCUGCACGCCAGCAACAUUGAGCUUCUAGAUAACCCUGGCUGCAAAGAGGUAAAUGCUGUCAACUGUAACACAAGCUGGAAAAUAACACUGUUCAUGAAAUUCAGUAGUUACCGAGAUGAUGUACUGAAAGGAGGAGAUGUUGUGAGGCUAUUUCAUGCAGAGCAAGAGAAGUUUCUGACCUGUGAUGAAUAUGAGAAGAAACAACACAUUUUCCUCCGCACUACAUUACGUCAGUCAGCCACGUCUGCAACGAGUUCUAAAGCACUGUGGGAAAUAGAGGUGGUCCACCAUGACCCUUGCCGGGGAGGGGCAGGACAGUGGAACAGCUUGUUUAGAUUUAAGCAUUUGGCAACUGGAAACUACUUGGCUGCAGAGCUUAACCCACACUACCCAGAAGGUAAUAAUGAAGGAAAAGCUUUGCAGAGAGACGGCGACCUUCCUGCUUCAAAGAAGAAACGCCAGGCAGGGGAGAAGAUUAUGUAUACUUUGGUCUCUGUGCCACAUGGAAAUGACAUCGCAUCUCUCUUUGAACUGGAUGCCACCACCCUUCAGAGAGCUGAUUGCCUGGUUCCAAGGAACUCCUACGUCCGACUGAGGCACUUGUGCACCAACACUUGGGUCACCAGCACCAGCAUCCCGAUAGACACUGAGGAAGAGAGGCCUGUGAUGUUAAAGAUUGGGACGUGCCAAACCAAAGAGGACAAGGAAGCUUUUGCCAUUGUAUCAGUUCCUCUGUCUGAGGUCAGAGACUUGGACUUUGCCAAUGAUGCCAACAAGGUUUUAGCAUCAACUGUUAAAAAGCUGGAGAACGGAACAAUAACCCAGAAUGAAAGGAGGUUUGUAACCAAGCUACUGGAAGAUCUCAUUUUCUUUGUUGCUGAUGUGCCCAAUAAUGGGCAAGAAGUCUUGGAUGUGAUCAUUACCAAGCCAAACCGGGAACGACAGAAAUUAAUGAGGGAGCAAAAUAUAUUGGCUCAGAUAUUUGGCAUCCUCAAAGCUCCUUUUAAGGACAAAGGUGAAGGAUCAAUGCUGAGACUUGAAGACCUGGGUGACCAGAGAUAUGCUCCCUACAAAUACAUGUUAAGAUUAUGUUACAGAGUUCUAAGACACUCCCAACAGGACUAUAGGAAGAACCAGGAAUAUAUUGCUAAGAACUUCUGCAUCAUGCAGUCCCAGAUUGGUUAUGAUAUUCUGGCAGAAGACACCAUCACAGCUUUGUUGCACAACAACAGAAAACUGCUAGAGAAACACAUCACGGCUAAAGAAAUAGAGACGUUUGUGAAUUUACUCAGGAGAAAUCGAGAGCCAAGAUUCUUGGAUUAUCUGUCAGACCUGUGUGUAUCUAACACCACAGCAAUACCAGUAACUCAGGAACUCAUCUGCAAGUUUAUGCUGAGCCCAGGGAAUGCUGAUAUUCUCAUCCAGACCAAGCUGGUUUCAACCCAAAUGGACAAUCCCUUGGAAUGCCCAGUCAUCUCGGAUGACAUUGAUGAAGAGGAAGUGUGGCUCUACUGGAUUGACAGCAACAAGGAGCCUCAUGGCAAAGCCAUCAGGCACCUGGCUCAGGAGGCAAAGGAGGGCACCAAGGCUGAUUUAGAGGUUCUUACCUACUACAGGUACCAACUGAACCUCUUUGCAAGAAUGUGCCUGGACCGCCAGUAUCUCGCCAUCAACCAGAUUUCUGCCCAGCUGUCAGUAGACUUGAUCCUCAGGUGUAUGUCUGAUGAGAGCCUCCCCUACGACCUGCGGGCUUCCUUCUGCCGUCUGAUGCUGCACAUGCACGUGGACAGAGAUCCCCAGGAGUCUGUGGUGCCUGUCAAGUAUGCCAGAUUGUGGACUGAAAUUCCUACCAAGAUCACCAUUCAUGAGUAUGAUUCCUUCACUGACUCUUCAAGGAAUGAAAUGAAGACAAAGUUUGCACUAACAAUGGAGUUUGUAGAAGAGUACUUGAAAGAAGUUGUGAAUCAGCCCUUUCCAUUUGGAGACAAAGAGAAAAAUAAACUUACAUUUGAGGUGGUACAUCUGGCUCGAAACCUCAUAUACUUUGGCUUCUAUAGUUUUAGUGAGCUUCUCAGACUGACCCGGACGCUGCUGGCAAUUCUAGAUAUUGUUCAAGUUCCCAUAUCGUCAUACUUCGAAAGGCUGAGCAAGUUUCAGGAUGGAGGGAACAACGUCAUGAGGACCAUCCAUGGGGUAGGAGAGAUGAUGACACAAAUGGUGCUGAGCAGAGGGUCUGUAUUUCCCAUCAGUACCCCUGACAUACAGCCAAGCAUUCACCCAAGCAAGCAAGCCAGCACUGCAGACAGUGAAGAUGUGAUUGUAAUGGACACCAAAUUGAAAAUCAUUGAGAUUUUGCAGUUUAUUCUCAGUGUUAGACUGGACUACAGAAUAUCCUACAUGCUGUCUAUCUAUAAGAGAGAGUUUGGGGAAAACACUGAAAACGUUGACUGCUCUACAUCAUCCCCAUCUGACACACCAGGGACUGCCUCAGCAAUUGUUCCUGACAUAGAUGAAAUUGCAGCUCAGGCUGAAACCAUGUUUGCUGGCAGAAAGGAGAAGAAUGCAGUUCAGCUUGAUGAUGAAGGGGGCAGAACUUUUUUACGGGUCCUCAUUCACCUCAUCAUGCACGACUAUCCCCCCUUGCUCUCAGGGGCUCUGCACCUGCUGUUCAAGCACUUCAGCCAGAGAGCAGAAGUUCUGCAAGCAUUCAAACAGGUUCAGUUGCUGGUGUCCAAUCAAGAUGUGGAUAACUACAAGCAAAUCAAGGCUGAUCUUGACCAGCUACGUCUGACUGUAGAAAAAUCUGAAUUGUGGGUUGAGAAGAGCAGCAAUUAUGAGAGUGGAGAGGUGGGAGACAAUCAAACCAAAGGAGGAGAAGAGCCAAUGGAGGAAUCAAACAUUUUAAGCCCAAUACAGGAUGGGACCAAAAAACCCCAGAUAGACAGCAUUAAAAGCAAUAACUACAAUAUUGUUAAGGAGAUUUUGAUUCGACUCAGCAAACUUUGUGUUCAGAAUAAAAAAUGUCGGAAUCAACAGCAGCGUUUACUGAAAAAUAUGGGCGCCCACUUGGUGGUCUUGGACCUUCUGCAGAUCCCAUAUGAAAAGAGUGAUGAAAAGAUGAAUGAAGUUAUGAAUCUAGCCCACACUUUUCUUCAGAAUUUCUGUCGAGGAAAUCCUCAGAAUCAAGUUCUCCUCCACAAAAAUCUCAACUUGUUCUUAACUCCAGGGCUCCUGGAAGCUGAGACCAUGAGGCACAUCUUCAUGAAUAAUUACCUCCUGUGCAACGAGAUCAGCGAGAGGGUGGUGCAGCACUUCGUGCACUGCAUCGAGACCCACGGCCGGCACGUGGAGUACCUGCGAUUCCUGCAGACCAUCGUGAAAGCAGAUGGCAAAUACGUGAAAAAGUGCCAGGACAUGGUAAUGACAGAGCUGAUAAAUGGUGGUGAAGAUGUGCUGAUAUUCUACAACGACAGAGCAUCCUUCCCGGUGCUGCUCCAGAUGAUGUGUUCGGAGCGAGACCGAGCCGACGAGAGCGGGCCCUUGGCCUAUCACAUCACUCUGGUGGAGCUGCUGGCUGCCUGCACAGAGGGCAAGAAUGUGUACACAGAGAUCAAGUGCAAUUCACUGCUGCCCCUGGAUGAUAUUGUGAGGGUAGUGACCCAUGAUGACUGCAUCCCUGAGGUGAAAAUUGCUUAUGUUAAUUUUGUUAACCACUGUUAUGUGGACACUGAAGUGGAAAUGAAAGAAAUCUAUGCCAGUAACCAUAUCUGGAAACUUUUUGAGAACUUCCUUGUUGAUAUGGCAAGGGUUUGUAACACAACCACAGAUCGUAAACACGCAGACACGUCUCUGGAGAAAUAUGUCACUGAGCCUGUCAUGAGCAUUGUGAGUGGCUUCUUCAAUUCACCAUUUUCAGAUAACAGCACCAGCCUCCAGACACACCAGCCUGUUUUUAUUCAGCUGCUGCAGUCUGCUUUUAGAAUUUACAACUGUACCUGGCCAAACCCAACACAGAAAGCCUCAGUGGAGUCCUGUAUCAAGACUUUGGCUGAAGUGGCAAAGAACCGUGGGAUUGCGAUUCCGGUGGAUUUGGACAGCCAGGUGAACACCUUGUUCAUGAAGAGUCACUCCAACAUGGUGCAGCGGGCAGCCAUGGGCUGGAGGAUGUCAGCCCGCAGUGGACCUCGCUUCAAAGAAGCUCUUGGCGGGCCUGCCUGGGAUUACAGGAAUAUCAUAGAGAAACUGCAGGACGUGGUCUCCUCCUUGGAGCAGCAGUUCACACCCAUGAUGCAGGCUGAGUUCUCAGUGCUGGUUGAUGUGCUGCACAGCCCAGAGCUCCUGUUCCCCGAGGGCAGCGAUGCCAGAAUAAGAUGUGGCGCUUUCAUGUCCAAGUUGAUUAAUCACACAAAGAAGCUAAUGGAAAAAGAAGAAAAGCUCUGCAUUAAAAUCCUUCAAACUUUACGGGAAAUGCUUGACAAGAAAACCAACUUUGCAGAAGAGGGCAACACUUUAAGGAAAAUCCUCCUGUAUCGGUACUUUAAAGGGGAAUAUGGAAGUGGUAUGAAUGGGCCCCUGUCUGCCAGCUACAGCAAAACUGCACAAGUGGGAGGUGGAUUUUCAGGACAAGAUGCAGAUAAGUCUGGGGUGACCAUGUUUGAUAUCCAGUGCCUCCUGGACAAAGAAGGUGCCUCAGAACUGGUCAUAGAUGUGAUAGUGAACACCAGAAAUGACAGGAUUUUCUCUGAGGGCAUUCUGCUCGGUAUUGCGCUGCUUGAGGGCGGAAAUACUCAAACACAGUAUUCGACUUACCAGCAACUAAAGGAGCAGAAAAAGUCAGAAAGGUUCUUUAAAGUGCUGUAUGAUCGCAUGAAAGCUGCUCAGCAGGAGAUCCGAUCCACAGUGACAGUGAACACUAUUGAUUUGGGGAGCAAAAAGAAGGAGGAUGACAGCGACCUCACCAUAUCUGUUCCCAAAAAGAGAGUUAAGGAUUCAACCCUGCAUCUGAAAGAGGGAAUGAAAGGACAGUUAACAGAAGCGUCUUCUGCAACCUCCAAGGCUUACUCUGUGUACAGAAGAGAAAUGGACCCAGAAACAGAUUUGAUGGGCUCAGGAGCAGAUGCUGCAAAUGCAGAAGAGAAAUCUGCAGAAGAAGCAAUCAUGAGCCCUGCCAUUGCAAUCAUGCAGCCAAUACUGAGAUUUCUUCAGCUCCUGUGUGAGAACCACAACCGAGAGCUCCAGAAUUUUUUAAGACAUCAAAACAAUAAAACAAAUUACAACCUCGUUUGUGAGACCCUUCAGUUUUUGGACUGCAUCUGUGGGAGCACCACAGGUGGGCUGGGCUUACUGGGGCUGUACAUCAAUGAGAGGAAUGUGGCUCUUGUCAACCAGACGCUGGAAAGCUUGACAGAAUAUUGCCAGGGCCCGUGCCACGAAAAUCAGACAUGCAUAGCCACCCAUGAGUCUAAUGGGAUUGAUAUUAUAAUUGCUCUCAUCUUGAAUGACAUAAACCCUCUUGGCAAAUACUGCAUGGACUUGGUGCUUCAGCUCAAGAACAAUGCCUCCAAGCUUUUGCUGGCUAUUAUGGAAAGCAGGCAAGACAGUGAGAAUGCGGAAAGAAUCCUUUUCAACAUGAGACCAAGAGAACUGGUGGAUGUGAUGAAGAAUGCCUACAACCAAGGUCUGGAAUGUGACCACGAGGAGGAGAAUGGAGAUGAUGGCAUCUCCCCAAAAGAUGUUGGCCAUAAUAUCUAUAUUUUGGCACAUCAGUUGGCUUGUCACAAUAAAACAUUGCAACAGAUGCUGAAGCCAGGGUCAGAUCCAGAUGAAGGAGAUGAAGCCUUGCGGUUUUACGCCAAACAUACAGCACAGAUAGAGAUUGUUCGCCAUGAUAGAACAAUGGAAAAGAUUGUCUUUCCUGUCCCCAAUAUUUGUGAAUUCCUCACUCGGGAAUCCAAAAGUCGGGUGUUCAACACAACAGAGAGAGAUGAACAAGGGAGCAAAGUCAAUGACUUUUUCCAGCAGACUGAGGAUCUGUACAACGAGAUGAAAUGGCAAAAGAAAAUUAGAAAUAACCCAGCCCUGUUUUGGUUCUCCAGACACAUCUCUCUCUGGGGGAGCAUUUCCUUCAACCUUGCUGUAUUCAUCAAUUUAGCAGUUGCUCUGUUCUACCCUUUUGGAGACGAUGGAGACGAAGGCACACUCUCACCGUUGUUUUCCGUGCUCCUCUGGAUAGCAGUGGCGUUUUGCACAGCAAUGCUGUUUUUCAUCUCCAAGCCUGUUGGCAUUCGACCCUUUUUGGUGUCUGUUAUUCUCAGGUCUAUAUAUACUAUAGGGCUCGGUCCUACCUUGAUACUCCUUGGUGCUGCUAAUCUGUGUAACAAAAUCGUGUUCCUGGUGAGCUUUGUUGGGAACCGUGGGACCUUCACCCGUGGCUAUCGAGCGGUCAUCAUGGAUAUGGCUUUUCUCUACCACGUGGCUUAUGUCCUGGUCUGCAUGCUGGGCCUCUGCGUGCACGAGUUCUUCUACAGCUUCCUGCUGUUUGAUCUGGUGUACAGGGAGGAGACAUUGCUAAAUGUGAUAAAAAGUGUUACCCGGAAUGGCCGUUCAAUUAUCCUCACUGCAGUGCUUGCUCUCAUCCUGGUUUAUCUCUUCUCCAUCAUUGGCUUCCUCUUCCUGAAGGAUGACUUUAUCAUGGAGGUUGACAGGUUGAAAAUCAGGACCCCUGCUGCAGGUAUUGGUGAAGUUCCCACUACAACCCUGACAUCAAUCAUGGGAGCCUGUGCAAAAGAGAACUGUUCCACGAGCAUCCCAGCCCUUAACCCAGGUGAAGAAGAGGAGGAUGGAAUAGAAAGGACCUGUGACACCCUGCUCAUGUGCAUUGUAACCGUGUUAAACCAAGGCCUGAGGAAUGGUGGUGGUGUGGGAGACGUGCUCAGAAAGCCUUCCAAAGAUGAGCCUUUGUUUGCUGCACGAGUUGUUUAUGAUCUUCUGUUUUACUUCAUUGUCAUAAUUAUUGUUCUCAAUCUGAUCUUUGGAGUCAUCAUUGAUACAUUUGCUGAUCUCAGGAGCGAAAAGCAGAAAAAGGAGGAGAUACUAAAGACCACCUGUUUCAUCUGUGGACUGGAGAGAGACAAAUUUGAUAACAAGACCGUUUCGUUUGAGGAGCAUAUAAAGGCAGAGCACAACAUGUGGCAUUAUUUGUACUUUAUAGUUCUUGUCAAAGUUAAAGAUCCAACUGAAUACACUGGCCCAGAGAGCUAUGUGGCACAAAUGAUUGUGGAGAAGAAUUUGGACUGGUUCCCUCGGAUGAGAGCCAUGUCUCUGGUUAGCAAUGAAGGCGACAGUGAGCAAAAUGAAAUCAGGAACCUUCAGGAGAGGCUGGAGUCAACCAUGAGCCUUGUAAAACAGCUUUCCAGUCAGCUGGCUGAGCUCAAGGAACAGAUGACAGAACAAAGGAAGAAUAAGCAGAGGCUGGGCUUUCUUGGAUCAAACACACCCCAUGUGAAUCAUCACAUGCCACCACCCUGAUACCACGGGGAGAAGCCGUGACUAGCCUUUCAUCAGUAUUCCUGCUUUAUUAUAGAAUAAAAAACUGAGAUUGAGAGGAGUGAACAGUGCCUAUUGUUACAAAGUUAAAAACAACCAAGUGCCAAGAUGUUAAGUGGUUUAGCUCUGGGAACAAUUUGUAGCUGUUUUUCGUGGUUGAGAGGGACCACAACCUAGAAUGUGAGCGAUACAAGGCAGCUCGUUUGUAUUCCCUGCCUGCCCGGCCGGGCUGCGGCUCCAGGGCUGGGACAGAGGCUGGGACAGAGGCUGGGACAGUGCCUGCCCAUAUCCUGGGAGCCCCUUUUUCCCCGGAGCACGGGGAGGAACAAGCUGAGCAGAAGGAGGAGAGGUGUUUAUUGAGGCAAGCACGACAACCUGGCUCAGAAUCAAUAGGUCGUCUCUGGCUCACUUGCCAAAUAGCAAAAUUAGUCAUAUUUGCUUGGCAUUUACUAUUUUUUAAUUACUGAAAAUAUGUCAGUCCGUAAGCGGUGAUGUUGCUUCAAGUAACUUCUACUAGGAGGGAAAAGGGGAGAAGCCUCAAAAGACUGGGAGAAUUAAUAAAAAAAAAGGAAAAAAUAGAAAAAGUUGCAAAGAGAAACAUUAACGCUUUUGAAUUUUAGCUGUCACCAUGCAAUUUCUUAUUUAUAACAUGGAGCACAAUGGAUCUACAGCUGUGGGAAUGUUAUGCACAUAAUACUGACAACAUAACUGGAAAUGAUUUCUUUCUCCUGGCUUCAGAUGUUCUCGAUUAAUGUGGCCGUGAGGUUUCACAUACUGAGGAGUUAAACUGUGUUUUAAAUUCAAGUUCCAAUGGAGGAUUCAGGGAAAAAAAAUUAUACCCGUCGUUUGAAGCAUGUAUGGGAUUUUAUUUUAAAAAAAAAAAGCUUAGAAAUGUCUUUCUGUACAGAACUGUAAUGGUGUCAUUACCUUCCAUAAACUCAUCUUCAGCAAUAGUUGACUUGAGUAAAUAAACACCAUAUUCUGCCAGCUUUCCUCUGAGCUAAAGAUUAUGGGUUGAUGAUUUUGCCUGCCCUUCCCACUUCCAGGGGUUUGCAGGGAAGCCUGGUGGGGAACAGGGGAGCAACAUCAGAGAAGCUCCUUCCAGCUCUCAGCCCUGCAAAAGGCAGCAGCUAAGUCACCAGUGCAGGUUUCUGCUCUGUCCUGUAUUUCUUGGGAUGGCUUGAAAGAAAAGUUACAGGGUUUCUACAGAGUCCUAGGGGACUCUUUUGUCUUUUAGGAAAAAAAAUGGAGGGGCACAAAUAGGAGUUGGGUCCUCAGUUCAGUUUAAUUUCAGUAGGUUUUGGUUACCAGAUUGUCUCACAUUUGAAAAUGCACCUCUUGUUACAUGGAAGUCGCUUUUUAAACCAAAAUAUUUUUGCAGUGAUUUGCCCCUGUGAAAAUUUCAUUUUGUUAUAAAAGUCAUUUUGAUUGAAAGAAAAAAUAUUAUUGAUGUAAAUAUUUUCCAGUUUCUUCCUGGAGAAAUGCUGUUGUCCUGGUUAAGGCACUAUUCAAACCAGCAGGCCUAGAGUAAAGGGAAGGAAGAGAUAUUUCACUCUCUUUAUCCCAAAUUCAAACCAGUUCUUUUUUCUUAUUUUUUGUGUCAGUGAUGUGGCUGAGAUAAAAGUAAUAUAUUUUAGCAAUAUAUUUAUAUCAUCUACCACUAAAAUAUCUGUUGGCUUCAGUUGUGUCCUUCAAAAACAGUGUAGAAAUCAGAGGUUUGUGUAUUUUACUGGAAGAAAAUCUCUUUCUGCUGGCCUUAGUCAGGAGAGCACCCUGGCUGUGAGAGGUGAUGGCCAAAGGAGUUGCCCACAGACAUAAAGUCAGCAGUAAAUUGGUGGAGACUCAGACCCUGUAGCUGUAUUAAUUCAAAUUAGUUCGUACAGUUAAUCAGACCUACUCACAACUUCUGUUGCAGCAGCAAUUUCCUCUUUCUCACAAGUGUGUUUCUAAAACACAAAGCACAGCUCAAUUUUAAGAUAAGUAAAACUCUCAUUAUUUUUUGGGGUUGCAUGGUUGGCUAAUACUGGAAUGGGUGGGCACUUUUCUUGUUUACACUCAGAAAAAGCAGCUGCACAUCAGGAGCUGGAAGAACCUGAGGCUGGAUGGGUUUGUGCCCAAGCUCAGGGCUGUGGGUGGGUGCUGCUGGUGCUCCCUGUGUCUCACACCCCAGAGCACAUCCCCUUGGGCUCAGGAGCCCAGGAAGAGUUACAGCAUCAAAAUCAGAGAGCAGAUGCUGGUACACCUUGGCCACGGUGCCUUUGUGCUGUUCACAGCUUCCCAGAGAGACCUCUGUAAUCAGUAGCAGUAGGUGAUGCUACUUGCACAGACUGUAAAUAUAUUUCACUGAGAAUUUCGACAUCUUUGCUGUUUCUGUCAAAACUUAGGCCCUGCCCUGCUCUCAUCCAUGUGAGCAAUCUGCACACUCACAUGUGGUAAGGCAAACAGGAGGCUCCUUGCGUGGAAAAUGGUUGCAGGGCCAGGCCCCAAGACUUAAAAGAUUGUGAAAUAUCCCCAUGAAUGAGUUUAUGACAAGAAAAUCAUUGUUUUAUACAUAUAUUUAUGUGUAUAUCUUUGUUUAAUGCAGCUGGGGUAACCUCUUCCUAGGCAAGUAUCAAUUACCUUACCUAUUUAUAUUAAAUGAUUGCAAUGAAGUUAAAACAUCUAAGAGCUUUUAAUGCCUCAGAGAGAUUUAUAAUUAUAAGCUCCUUGACAGUUAAAAUCUACUUAAGUAAAUGUGUCCAUUGCUGCUGGAUGUAACUUUUAAUAAAGUCUGUCAUUUUAUAUA